AGAAGUGUGCUAUCUGCAUUUAAAAAUAAAAGAGGUGAACUUUCCCGAAAGCACCGUCACUACAUCUGUAGUCUGUAUGUCAUCAGACGAAGAGGACCCAAUCAGUCCAGUUCUGCUCAAGGACUCGGAUCGGGGCAGCUCUGUCUCCUCCGAUCUUCAGGAUGAAUAUGAGGACCUCCUCCGCUAUGCUGUGGUCACCCCCAAGGUUGAGACAAUCACCAGUGCUUACCUGCACCGACUGAGCACUUCACAUCUGUCUGCCGAGGGUCAGGGUCACCAGAGAAAAGAUGGCACAAAAUCGCCACGCCCAGCAGAUCCUCCCAAUGAAGCUCAACAUGGGAAGCCCUCUAGUAGGAGUGUUAGAUCAUCACAAGUCUCCCCCUUGAUUAUUGAGCCCUCCACACAUUUAAGAACUUCUCCUGUUGAAGGCAUGGUACGUCCAUCAUCUAGCAGGGCGUCAGACAGGUUACAGGCAGCAUCUGAGAGGUCUAGACCAAGCAGCCCAGGAGUCUUCGAAUCUGCCACUGCAGAGAUGUUUAUCUCAGAGCAGAACAUAAACAAGAUGGAAAAUAUUCUGGACACAUGGAGCCACAACCUUAAGUCCAAUGUGCUGACGGAGCUCAGGAAGUGGAAGCUGGCCUUCAUGGAGCAACACAAGUUGGAGAUAAGGAAGGAGAGGGAGAGGAGUGCAGCCCAGACAGCUGGCCUGAAGUCAGAGCUAGAAGGCCUAAAGGAUCUGCUCCACACCUACGAAACUUCCAACCAGAGAAAGGAUGAGGUGAUUGUGAACUUGAGCCAGGUAUUAGACAGACAAAAAGAAAAGCUUGAAAAGAUGAGGACUUUCACCCACUGGAGACUUCAACACAGUGAGGCCAAAGAAGAGGCUAAUGCUUCUCAGUUAGCGCGGCAACACUACAACUUGCAUCUGAAGAGGAAGGUGUGGUUAGGCUGGCACUCUCUGGUCCAGAAACACUGGAAGGUGAAGGUGGAACGGGCUUGCCGUUCAAGGGCUGAAGAGGUCUGCAGCAGCUUGUCUGAAGAGUAUGAAGUCAAGCUGGCAGAGCACUGUAAGGCCAUAGAGAAGGCCCAGGCAGAGAUUCAGAGACUACGACUGGAACGAGAGCACUAUGAGGAAUCUAUGAAGAAAGCCUUUAUGAGAGGCGUAUGUGCUCUCAACAUGGAGGCUCUCAACAUGUUCCAAACCACAGAGGGAAGACCAGAGCAAACUACAGUCCAUGAUGAGCAUGAUCCUCUGCCUCCUCAGGAUGAGUCUGGCUCUGCGACAUUGGCUCAGAUCCAGCCAUUUCCUGGUUCUUCCUCACGGAUUAGCCCGGUUCACUUUGACCAACCCGACCCUCAGUCCCACAGUGAGGGAGAUGAUAUUGUGGGCUUUGGUGCCACGACAGAAGUAUUCCCUCCCACUUCAGUGGUGCACAGCUCACUCCCACUAGGGGGCCUCUCAAGCUCCCAAAAGCAGGUCAGUGGCCGUGUUGUCACAGCCAGCCAGCAAAAACCAAGCAAGACUGUAACGGCUCGCAUCACUGCACGACCUGAUGCCAGUAAGACUGCACGCAGCAACCUCCAAGUGAUGGGCGUGGCUCCACCCAUGAGCUCUGUUGUAGUUGAACGUCACCAUCCUGUCACACAGCUUACCGUCGGUCAGGCCACGGCUGCUAAGUUUCCUCGCUCCUCACAACCGGCACCCAGCUCCACCGGAGGACGAGGUUCCUCCAAAACACACAGCGGCACCUGCCAUGUACACUCCAUCAAAGUAGUUGACUGACCACACACAUACAUCAUACUCUA